CCUACUCUUCUCUGUCCUUGUCCCGUCCAUCGCAUUUCUUGGACGGCGGUGAUGUCAGCCUUUAUUUUCGCGAGGACAUCAACCAGCUGGGCAGCGGCACCUUCCCAAUUAAGGGUCCGGACAUUCCAGGUGCAUGCCCUUAUCUCGUAGUCCUUAAUUCGUUUGCCAUGGUCGUCAUCAAAAGGGGGGUUUCUCUUCCGAGGCUGUCGCUUUCUUUUCAUUGGGGGUGUUUUUUACGUGGCGGGUCCCAAACCCAGCGCACAACCCUAAGCAGGGGAUGUUUCGCCUUCUCACAUUAGCUCGCCUUCGAACGGAUGUUCUUAGGCUACCCAGAGGAUACUUGGUCAAAGACCGGAAGUUGUGAGCUGCUUGAGCCAUGUGUAAAAGAAUCGUUUCUGGCCACUCCCAAGUGAAUGGCGAUCAGAGAACUUUCCUCACUUGCGUGAACUUCUACACAUGACUCCAUCCUCCAGUCUCUAGUCUCAAAUUGAGACAUUUAGAGGCAAAGUCUCAAUUUGAGACUAGUUACUAUUCACUAAACAGUCUCAGUCUCUAGUCUCAAAACAUUGUCUCAAAUUUUGUCAGCUGGUAAUAAGCAGGUCACAAACGUAUUAAGAAAAGAGAAAACAAGCAAUGGACGAAGAAGUUGCAGCAUUUUUGUUAAUUUUAGAAACAUAUGAAAACGAAGAAAGAAAUGCAAACAGGAGGAAUUUGGCGCACUUAAGGAAUAGUGAGGAUCCAUUUUUAUUGGAGGAAGAAAUAUUUAGAAAAUAUUUUCGUUUUCCGAAAUCGUUGUGUUGGGAUCUUAUACAGGAUUUGAAACCUCACGACAAUCGUUUCCGAAAGUCUGCUAUUCCUUUUGAGAUUCGGUUCGUUUCAGUGUUAUAUUUUUUUUCAAAUGGUUCAUACCAAUACUGCAUUGGAAAUAGCCAUUUAUCUGCCAUGAGUCAACCUAGCAUAUCCCGAAGUAUAAGGCAUAUAUGCAAACUUGUGUUGGAACACAAAAAUGUGGAAAUAAGUUUCCCAAAUGCAACAGAGCACUACAACAAGAUUAAAAUGGGUUUCCAUAAUAAGUUUGGAAUAAAAGGAGUGAUUGGUGCUAUUGACUGCACCCAUGUUGCUGUAAUUGGGCCGUCUUCGUCGUCUAACGUUAUUCCACAUGAAUACAUGAACCGAAAGGGUUACUACAGUAUUAACGUAGAAGCGAUUUGUGACGACAAACUUAUUUUUCGCCAUUUAAAUGCUCGUUUUCCUGGCUCAUGCCAUGACUCCGGAAUUUGGAGAACAUCGCCGGCCAGAAUAAAAUUAAUAAGGGAACAUGUUUCUGGUUCAUUUAAGUGGCUUCUAGGUGACUCAGGAUAUCCACUAGAGCCAUGGCUUUUGACUCCUAUAUCAAACCCAUCUGCACCAAAUGAAGUUCUUUAUAACAGAAUCCAUAUAAAGGCCAGGAACAUAAUUGAAAGAGCCUUUGGUAUUUUAAAGUCUCGUUUCCGUUGCUUAUCUAAAGAGCGAGUACUGAGGUAUACACCCUCAAACGUCGCGUUCUUAGUUUAUACUUGCUCAAUUUUCCACAACAUUUUGCAAAAACAUGGUAUUUGUGACAUCGAUGAAAUCGACAUUGAAAACUUUGAGGACUCUUCCUUCCAUGAUAAUUCUCCAGCUCAAACAAAUCAGUAUUACACUGCAGGAAUAAAUGCACGACGUAACUGCUUAAAUUCUCUCACACAAUCUUUGUAAAUAAAUAUCUUUACAAAUAAAUAUUUCAUUUAUAUUUUCACAAAAAAUUAAUAAAUUCAUUUAUUCAGUCUUUUAUAUGUAUGUACAUAAUAAUUAUA